UAAAAUCCCAAAUUUAGAAAAUGCGAGUUUUUGUGAUAGCGAUUGCAUUGUUGUGCGCUGCAGUGGCGACCGAUGCACAGCAGAGAAGAAGAAAGGUUUAUUAUCUCGCAAUAAACGAGAUAAUUUGGGACUACGCUCCUUCAGGGUUGAAUCAAGUCACUGGAAACCGACUUGAAGAUGAGAAAAUUGCUCGCAUAUACAGCAAUAUGUACAUUGGCAAACGAUACAAGAAAGCUGUGUUUCGAGCCUACACUGACUCGACGUUCAGUGAGGCGUUACCUCAUGACCCCAAUCUCGGAUUCAUGGGACCUACUAUUCGGGCCGAGACUCGCGAUGUAAUUAAGAUACAUCUCUUCAACAACGCAAGUCGUCCUUUCUCCAUACAUCCACAUGGUGUGUUCUAUACGAAAGCAAACGAAGGUGCUUUGUAUGCUGACAACACAACUGAUAAAGCAGACGAUGGCGUACCACCCGGAGAACAAUAUGAAUACACAUGGGACGUCCUCGACGACUACGGUCCUACAAAUGACGAUGCUAAUUGCUUGACUUGGGCAUACCAUUCCCAUAACCAUUCUCCCGUUGACAUCUACUCUGGAUUGAUCGGAGCUCUCAUUGUUUGCAAGCCUGGAACGUAUCGUGAUGAUGAAACAAGGACAGACGUUGAUCAUGAGUUUGUUGCAAUGUUCUUUAUACCAUUUGAGAUCGAAACUUGGUAUUUUCGUGAUAAUCUUAAGACUUUGGAAAACUGGGAAGAAGUUGAUAUCACAGAGAAAUAUUUUGUCAAAGGAAACAAGAUGCAUGUUGUGAAUGGCUACAUCUAUGGUAACACACCAGGAUAUAAUGUAUGUCAGGGAGACACCAUUAGUUGGCAUAUAUUAGGGAUGGGCUCCAACAGGGAUUUGCAUCCAAUUCAGUUCCAAGGACAAACUUUAUUGCGCAACCACCACCGAUCCGACACCUUCAUAUUCAUACCGGCCACAUUCUCCACUUUGUUAAUGAGAGCUGACAACCCAGGAAGGUGGUGGAUCGCAUGCAAGUUGUACAGUCAUUUCACCGAGGGAAUGACAGCUCUUCUCAAUGUUGAUCCUCAGUGCAGAGAUGAAAGAGAAGAAGAUCCCAACUUAUCUCUUACUGGCAUCACAAGGGACUUCUUUAUAAGAGCAGAAGAAGAGCUUUGGGAUUACGGACCUUCAGGAAUUAAUCGAAUCACAAAUCAAUCACUAGAUGCCGAUGGAGAAGAUUCCGCUGCAUUUUUUGAGCGUGGGCCCGAACGAAUUGGAGGAGUUUAUAAGAAAGCAAUUUACCAAGGUUACACUAAUGCCUUUUUUAACGUUUCCACCACUCACCCCCCAGACAUGGGUUUACUGGGUCCUGUCAUUGCCGCCGAAGUUGGAGAUACUAUAAGAAUAACAUUCGCAAACUCUGCAAGACAUAGUUUGAAUAUGGAGCCUCAUGGAGUUUUCUUCACUGAAGCCAACCCUGUAGAACCAGGUCAACAACAUGUAUUUACAUGGACGUUACCAGACAGCACUUCACCUGAACCAGAAGAUCCUAACUGCCUUACGUAUCUCUACACAUCUACUGUUGAUUAUAUUGCAGAUUCAAACUCAGGACUGAUUGGCCCACUGCUAGUUUGCAAAAGAGGAACUCUGGAAUCUGAAAUGCAAAAACGUCACAAGUACCUUAUGUUGACUGUAUUCGAUGAAAGCAAGAGUUUAUAUUUUAAAGAAAAUAUUCGUAGUUUUCUCACUAAUUAUGAGGAAGUUAAUCUAAAAGAUGAUGAUUUUGAGGAAUCCAAUCUCAUGCAUUCCAUCAAUGGUAGAAUGUAUGGCAACCUAGAUGGUAUGGAUAUUUGUGUGGAUGAACAAACUGUGUUUCAUAUGAUGGCUAUCGGAACAAAAACAGAUCUGCAUUCAGUAAAACUUGAUGGAGUCAACACUAAAAUAAAUGGAGUGAAUACCGGUGCAGUUGACCUGUUUCCACACAUUUCCAAAACUGUUCUCGUACAAGGGGAAUUACCUGGCACUGGCAUGUUGUUCUGCAGAGUGAAUGAUCAUUUAGCCGGGGGUAUGAUGACAUCAUACACAGCAAGUUACUGCAACAACCAAAACAUCAAUAACAACCACGCCGAAUCUACAACUGUGAAAACUUACUACAUAGCAGCUGAGGAAACAUUUUGGGAUUACAACGCAAGAAGAUUAAAUAUAGAUGACGAACCUGUUGAUAUUCCUGGUAACCAUGGAUACGAACACGCCCACCCUAUUCCUGGUGUUCUGAUUGGCUCAAUGUACAAGAAAGUAGUGUACAAGGAAUACACCAAUUCAAGUUUCAUUCAAACUCUUCCAAAGCCUGAGCAUCUUGGGAUCCUUGGACCUGUUAUUAAGGGGGUGGUUGGGGACACAAUACGGAUUGUGUUCCGCAAUAAAGCAAGUCGAACAUACAACAUGUAUCCUUGGGGAGCAAUUGAUCCAUCAAGUUAUCAAGGUUCUGUAGGAAAUGCUGCACCUGGAGAAACUGUGGAAUACACAUGGGUGAUUCCAGAUUCUGCUAGUCCAACCAACUCCCAACCCAGCUGUCAAUCAUCCAUCUAUAUUUCUACUGUUGAUAAAGUGAACGAUGUAAAUGAUGGAUUGAUGGGCCCGCUGCUUAUAUGUGCUAGAGGAGCUGAAGAACCAGAUGCAGAAUUCUUCCUUCAAUUCGCGAUCAUUGAUGAGAAUGCGAGUCACUUACUGGAUGACAACAUUCGUCAUUUCUUGCACACUGAUCCUGAGACCUUCGAUAAAUCUGAUGGGACUUUUGAGGAAAGCAACAAAAUGAAAGGGAUCAAUGGAUAUCUCUCUCAUGUUCCAGGGUUGGUUAUGAAAAAAGGGGAUCUUGUUCGUUGGCAUCUUAUUGGUUGGGGAAGCGAGAAGGAUUAUCAUUCAGUUCAUUUUCAUGGCAACACUUAUGUUCAUAUAUCCGAGGGUUCUCACCGUGGUGAUACGUUUGAUCUUUUCCCGGGAUUUCUUGGCACAGUUGACAUGAGAGCGAUUGCAGUUGGUGAAUGGCUGCUACAUUGUCAUGUGUUUGAUCAUAUGCAUGGAGGGAUGGAAACUACUUACACAGUUUCAGAACCUGCACAGAAUGAAACUAGAGUAUGCAGGGUGGAAGCGUCCAAAAACCGCCUGUUUUUCCGCUGCAAUAACCUUGCUAUUUCUACCAUACGUGACAUCAUGCCCCACCCAUGGCGUAUUGCUGUUCGGUUCCCGAGUGGCGUCGUUGUCCGAUUGCCAAGUAGUGCUGUCACACACCUUGACCUAAGCGGCAACCGGAUAGCAAUGCAUGUCGCUCGUCAAAUUCUCCGACAGUUUCGUAAUCUCAUAUCAGUGAACUUUAACGACAACAUCAUCAACUUUGUUCCAUCCAACUUUAUAGCUCGUAACCACAAGUUACAGUCCCUAUCAAUACGUAAUAACAGGGGCUUUCGUAAAGCAAAACCUUUAAAGCUUGGCCGUCGCAGGCGCCAUUCAAAAUCGAAACCACGGUUGAUAAUAGAUUUUUCCGGAAAUUCACUUCUUCAGCCAAGGUGCCUAAAUAACAGACUAAGCUGGGGCCAACUAAAAAGAUGCUUUUUGUCUGAAAGACUAUCAUGAUAAACUUUUUGCUGUUGCGGAAAUAUUUUGAUCACACACUUUUGUUACAGGGGUUUAAAUAUAGUAGGUUGGGGUAAGAUGGUUACUGUUUUCAUUCUCCUCUCUCUUUAUUUGGAAUAGUGCAAGCAAUAUUAACUAAAUUAUGUAAAAGUGUCCCCACGACUCUAAAAGCGUGUUGUUAGUUUGUUUGUUAACACGAUUGUAAAAUAAGCCAUUAUAUGCUGUAGCCAUAGCUAUGUGUAAUUAAACUGUAUCUGAAAUUAAAAUUAAUACCGACUGACUAAAGAUUACAAAUGUGAAAUAAAAAUAACCCUUGCUGUUUAUCC